CUCUCGUCUUGGCCAACUGAAGGACGCCCAUCACCAUGUCCGGACUUGAGGAGAAGUCGGCAGCUACCGACGACAUGGAUGCUGCUGCCACCGCCGAGCGCGACGCGCCUCAAGUUGUCGACGAUGAAUGCGCUCGGUUGAACGCUUCGGGCCACGUCCAGGAGCUCCGCCAGUCCUUCAGCCUCCUCUCCCUCGCGGGCAUCGGCCUCGUGGUCGGUAAUGUGUGGCCCGCCAUCGGGGGGUCCAUCCUCGUCGCCAUCUUCAACGGCGGCCCGCCGGGCGUCUUGUACGAGUUCAUCGCCGUCUCCGUCUGCUACUGGAACGUCGCCGCCUCGAUCGCGGAGCUCGCCAGCGCGAUCCCCUCGUCGGCGGGCGUCUACCACUGGGCGUCCGUCACGCCCGGCAGCCGGCGAUGGGGCCGCCCGCUGGGCUUCUUCGCCGGCUGGUGGAACUACUUUGCUUGGAUCCUCGGCGCGGCGAGCAUGACGAGCAUCUUCGGGAAUACCAUCAUACAGAUGUACGCCGUCAUGCACCCCGAGUUUGUGGCCGAGGCCUGGCAUGUCUUCGUCGUCUAUGUCAUCUUCACGUGGGUGUCUUGCGCGGCCGUCUGCUUCGGCAACAAAGCGAUGCCUGCGCUCAACAAUUUCGGCGUCUUUGCUAUCCUGGCCUUCUUCAUCAUCACCAUCGUCGUCGUCACGGUCAUGCCCUCGAGUCACGCCUCGUCAUCGUUUGUCUGGUCGGACUGGUCCGCCGCUAUUGGAUACCCGAACGGCUUCGUUUUCGUUGCCGGCAUGCUAAACGGCGCCUACAGUGUCGGCGCCGUUGACGCAGUCACGCACCUGGCCGAGGAGAUUCCUCGCCCCGAGCGCAACGUCCCCGUGGCCCUUGGCCUGCAGGUGUCCAUUGGGUUCGUCACGGGCCUCGCAUACUUGAUCGCCGUGCUAUACGCCAUCAACGACUACGAUCUUCUUUUCACGUCUGCUUAUCCGAUCGCGGAGAUUUACCGACAGGCUACAGGCUCUGGCUCGGGCGCGUGCGGACUACUGUCCCUCAUCAUGAUCUGCAUCGGCCUCACGGUAGUUGGCCUGCACAUCACAUGCGGUCGCACGCUGUGGACACUUGCGCGCGAUGGCGCAACGCCCUGGCCAUCGAAGCUUGGACGCGUCAACCAAGGGCUCCAAAUCCCCGUGGUGACGACCUUUCUAUCUGCCUGCUUGAUCACGCUUCUGGGCGUUAUCUAUGUUGGCAGCACGACGGCGUUCAAUGCCUUUGUCGGCAGCUUCAUACUCCUUUCGAGCAGCUCAUAUCUGGCAUGCAUCCUGCCCAAUUUGCUCACCGGCCGGAAGAACAUUACAUACGGACCGUUUAAGAUGACAGGAGUUAUCGGGUUCGUUGUUAAUGGCAUAUCUUGUCUGUACAUGCUCGGCUGGGCAGUGGUGUACUGCUUCCCCGCCUCACUGCCCACCAAUGCGCAGAGCAUGAACUAUGCAAGCCUGAUUUGGGGCGGGCUGACCAUAUUUGUAACCGCGUUUUGGCUUUUUAAGGCGAGGAAGGGAUACCAGGGGCCUACUACAACCGGUGGCAACGUUUUGCAGCUGGACGCCUAGCGUUUGUGUACGAAACGAGUCGAGUUUGAUGAGCCACAUUGCUAGACAUCAACUUCACGUCUAGCCCCGUGUCGAUGCUACAAUUACCAGAGUUUUUUUUCUCAAGGCCCAGCCUCUCCGUCU